UGUGAGUAACCCUUUAAAUGGGAAAGAAGGUUCGAUUUGUUUGGUUUUUCUUUCUUUCACCUUUUUACCCGGAGAAGUGGUUCUCUGAUGAAACAGAGCUUUGUCACCGACGACGAAAGUGUGAAGCUUUCUUAAUAGAUCUGAUUAUACACUUGCAAACUCCGAUCUGAAGUUGGAAUAGCCAAAAAAAACCCAUCAAAUGAUUGCCUCUUCGGUGAAACCACUAUUCGUCUUCGUCUUGACUUUCUCUCUUCUCCUCGCCGUGAUUCUUCUAUCUCCGUCGCAACAUUUCUUGCAGAUUCCGGUUCCUUCCGGCUCACCACUGGGUUCUGAAAUAUGGAGUGUCAAGAGGAUAAUGGAGUGGAGGCCUUGCAAAUGGUGGCUAGAAGGGCAUCUCACUCCUCUACCAGCUAAAACUAAUGGAUACAUCCGUGUUGAUUGCUAUGGCGGCCUGAAUCAGAUGAGACGCGAUUUGUGUGAUGGAGUUGGGAUUGCCCGUUUGUUGAAUGCCACACUUGUUCUGCCAAAGUUUGAGGUAGCUGCGUAUUGGAACGAGUCAAGUGGAUUUGCAGAUGUGUUUAAUGUAGACUACUUUAUUCAAAAGAUGAGUGGUUUCAUCGAUGUUGUAAAAGAGCUGCCGAAAGAUAUUGCAUCAAAAGAACCGUUCAGAGUAGACUGUAGCAAAAGGAAAGGUCAAUUUGAUUACAUUGAGAGCGUUCUUCCAUCAUUGUUGGAACAUCAUUACAUUUCUUUUACACCUGCGAUGAGCCAACGCAGGGACAGGUAUCCCCAGUUUGCAAGAGCCACUCUGUGUCAAGCCUGUUAUUCAUCUUUGCGCCUCACAAGUUCCCUGGAGAAGAAGGCCAUCGAGCUUUUAGAUGCUAUUCCCAAACCCUUCUUGUCGCUUCACCUCAGAUUUGAACCAGACAUGGUCGCGUACAGCCAAUGUGAAUACCCGAACCUCUCUCCUUCAUCUAUCGCUGCCAUUGAAGCUGCUCGCGUUGACAGGAAGCCAUGGACAGGAGAGCUAGCUGAGGUUUGGAGGAAGCGAGGGAAAUGCCCUCUGACUCCUAAUGAAACAGUUUUGAUGCUUCAGUCACUUAACAUUCCAACAAGCACAAACAUAUACUUAGCAGCUGGAGACGGUCUAAUGGAGAUGGAAGGAUUCACAUCCGUUUAUACAAAUGUGUUCACAAAAUCUGCUUUACUUAACCAAGAGGAUUUCACGAGAAUGCAUGGAAACACUAAAGCCGCGUUGGAUUAUCAUGUGUCCAUCAACAGUGACGCGUACGUGGCUACUUACUUUGGAAACAUGGAUAAAAUAGUUGCAGCUAUGCGAACAUAUAAACAGAUGCACAAUACUCUGUUCCUGAGCAGAAAAGCAUUUGCAGAACUCACUUCCCAAGGGCUUGAAGGCGCGGAGUUGAAGAAAGCUCUUUGGGAAGUUCAUAAAAACGAUUUUGCAAUUGGCAGAGGUUUUGCUUUGCCCGACUGCUUCUGUGAAUUUGAGCUGUAAUGCUGAUUCUUUUCUUACAUCAUUCUUGAGUUGACACGACAUUUGUAACGGCAAAAAUUUGUUCAUGUAUUAUGAGACGCUCCUGUCUACAAAUACAAGAAAGUAAUACACACAUUCUGAGAUCAGUUUCUUGUCUUCAUUCAGCAGCAAGCAAUAUCUCUCUAUCUUACUGAAAUUCUACAGUUAUCAGGUUCUUUGGUGUCUGCAUUCUCAACCAUUGCAUGCAAAAUAGCUGAAGCCUCAGAGAUCACAGCUUGAGGCAAGUGUCGCUUUAAAACACGCGAAUACCUAACAGCUACUUCAAGCCCCUUUUCAUCCAGAUGACAAAAGUUCAUGCUGCUCCACUGCUUUGAGUUCCCAACCACACAAAAACCAUGUAAAAUAGCAGCAAAUGAAACAGGAUCAGGAGAGAACCCUCUCUUCACCAUCCUGUCUUGAAACCUGCAAGCAGUCUCCACCAUUCCAUGUACACAGAGAGAAACGAAGACAGAAUUGUAAGCAGCAGCAUGGUCCGACCACCCAUCUGAUUUCAUUUUGUAGAAAAACUCAAAAAACAGAGAGCUCUGUCCCUCAUUAAGCCCAUUUGGUUCAGCAAGAACUUCUCCAGAUGUUUUCUUCACAAAUCCCUCAAGUAGACAAUUAAAGGUAACCUCAUUAGGGACACAUUUGUUUCUCAACAUUAGCUCCCAAUAAUAAACUGAUUUCCCAAGGGUACUACCAUCUUUAGCAAAACUUCUUAUGAGUGUUGUGUAGGUGACAACGUUAGGCACAAGGCCACAUGAUUGCAUCUCUUUGAAAGUCCCUUCGGCCAUUUUGAAAUCCCCUUGGCAGCAGAAGCCAUUAAUAAGGGAUGAGUAGGUUACCACGUUUGGCUUGCAUUUACUCUUGCCCAUGUCUCGAAAAAUCUUUAAGGCAGUAGCCAUAUCCUGUUGCUUUACAUAUCCGUCAAUGACUGUGGAAUAAGUGAACUCAUCGGGUACAAGAUGUUCUUUAGUCAUCCUCUCUAUGCAUGCCAACGCCUCAGUCAACAUUCCAGAUCUGCAAAACCCCUUUAUCAACGCGUUGUGGUGCACGAGAUCAACCUUCACACCCUUUUCAAUUGAGAGAGAGGAAACUUUCCUUGCCUCAUCAAAAUCACCACUUCUGAUGAACCCAUCUAUGAGCGUGGCAUACACAUAAGCAUCUGGUGGAAUAUUCCGGUCUAUCAUCUCCAAGAAGAGGAGUUUGGCAGGUAAAAACCUACCGCUCUUGCACAAUCCACUCAUCAACAUAUUGUAGAUGCCGGCAUCCGGUGAAACGCCUCUAUCUACCAUUUUGUCCUUCAUCUUAACUGCAUCAUCCAUAUGGCCUGAAACAACAAGACCAUUGACUAUAAUUCCAUAUGUAACAAUAUCUGGUUUGCAUCCACUCUCAGCCAUCUGUAGAAGCAACUUCGAAGCAACAUCAUACUCUCUGCUUUUGCAAUAGGCUUGUAUUAAAGGGGCAUAGCUUUUAUUGUUCGGAAUCAACCCUUUCUUUGAUGCUUCAUCCAUAAGCCCAACAGCAUCUUCCCUUUUCCCUUCUUUACACAAACGAUUGAUCAAUAUGUUAUAUGUUGCUAUAUCAGGCUUGCAACCAUUAGCUACUAUCCAUCGUAUACUCUCAGCUGGUUCAACCUUAGACCCGUGCCUAUACUUAGCAUCCAUGAUGUUGUUCAGGAACCAAACACUGACUAUUAAACCCCUUUCUUUCACUUCCCUCAAAAGUCGAUCACUCGCCACGAAAUCCCCAUUCUUGCAGAAUCCGUUUAUCAUUGUACCAAAAGUUUCCAAAGUUGGCAUAAACCCCUUCGAUUUCAGCUCCUUGAAAACUAAAACGGCAUUUUCAAUGUCGCCGAGCUUACAGUAUCCACCAAUGAUUGUGUUGUAAAACACAAUGUUCGGAACACAACCUUUCCCCCAUCGGUCUUCAAUCAGCUUUCUACCUUCUUCAACCUUCCCUUCACUACACAUCCCCUUGAGCAGUAUACAAGUACUGUAAUUAUCAACACAACCACCUCUCUCACACAUUUCGUCAUACACCUUCCGUGCAUCUCCAAGUCUCCUACUUUUCACAAACAAACUCAACAACGAGUUGCAAGCGAUAACAUCAGGCACAGAACCGUAAGACUCGACUACGUAAUUAUAAACCUCCACGGCUUUAUUCACUACCCCUGAUUCAGCAUACGCGUGAAGAACGUGGCUCAAUGCUUCAUGUGUAACCUUCACAUUUUCUUUUCUGAGAUUUCCCAAUGCAUCUUCAAUCUCGUCGAAGAUCCUAUGCCUCGCUAAGAGCUUCAGAAACGAAGAACAAGCAAACCCAUUUGCAAAAAGCUCCUCUUUUCUCUGAUUCGAUAGCCAAUCAAACAGCUUGACCCCGAUUUCCACAUCCUGGAUUCGAUCGAACACGAAAGGAGAAAUAUCGACGAGGCGGACUUCACCAUCGUCGAGAAAUUUAGACCAGUUUUGCUGGGUUCUGAGAAGGUUAACGGUGUCGGUAACUUGUUUCCUGAUUCCGGGAGUAAUCGGAAAAUGAGAUCGGAGGGAAUUAGAUUGAGGAGGAUUAUUGGUAAGGGGUUUGAUGCGAGAGAGAAGGGUUUUAGACAUU